GGCAGCUUCGCAGGGACAGCUGCAUUUCUCGCCGCCCGCCGCUAGGAAGCCGGCCUCGCCUCGCUUUCUCCGCCUCCCGGCGCCCAGCCGCGCCGCCGCGCCACCGAGCCGGGCCCGCCGCCGCCGCGGGACCGCGCCCCUCCCCCGCCGCCCGGCCCCAGCGGCCCCGCGGGAGCGGACGCGCGUGCGGUGCUCGGUGACACGAUCGAUCAGUCCUCAGUCUGUUGCAACCCCUUGUGUCAGGAUGACUCGAGGAUGUGGAUGAUCUGCAAUCCAUCUAAAGCCUGGCCCAGGUCCGCAUGCUGCCACCACCCUGGUCCCUGUCGCCUAGCCCGGGCCAUGCAUUCCCGCCAGGAGGAAGUACAGGAGUGAGUCUUCUGAGCCUGCGGAGCAAGCAAGUGACCGACGACGGAGGGACCCCGGGCCAGCGGCUUCUCGGUUUGUUGGAAACAUUCUUCCGCAGCGGCUCCGCAAGAUGACCAGCCUGUUUCGCAGGAGCAGCAGCGGCAGUGGCGGUGGCGGGGCCACAGGGGCUCGCGGUGCCGGGACAGGGGCUGGAGAUGGCAGCACUGCCCCUCAGGAGCUCAACAACAGCCGGCCGGCCCGCCAGGUGCGCCGCCUCGAGUUCAACCAGGCCAUGGACGACUUCAAAACUAUGUUUCCUAACAUGGAUUACGACAUCAUUGAGUGCGUGCUGCGUGCCAACAGCGGUGCAGUGGACGCCACCAUAGACCAGCUGUUACAGAUGAACCUGGAGGCAGGCGGUGGCAGCGCCUACGAGGACAGCUCGGACUCGGAGGACAGCAUCCCACCAGAGAUCUUGGAAAGGACUCUAGAGCCUGAUAGCUCUGAGGAAGAGCCCCCGCCUGUGUAUUCACCGCCAGCGUACCACAUGCACAUGUUCGACAGGCCUUACCUGAUGGCUCCUCCAACUCCACCUCCCCGGAUUGAUGUCCUGGGCUCCGGACAACCUGCAAACCAGAGGCGCUACCGAAACUGGAACCCACCCCUGCUGGGCAACCUCCCAGAUGACUUCCUCCGAAUCCUGCCCCAGCAGAUGGACAGCAUUCAGGGUCACCCCGGGGGCUCCAAGCCUAUGAGUGGAGAGGGAGGCCCACCUUCAGCGCCAGGGUCUAUGGCCUGUGACCAAGACAGCCGCUGGAAACAGUACCUAGAAGAUGAGAGAAUUGCCCUCUUCCUGCAGAAUGAGGAAUUCAUGAAAGAGCUGCAGCGAAACCGGGACUUCCUCCUCGCCCUGGAGAGAGAUCGAUUGAAAUAUGAAUCCCAGAAAUCCAAAUCUAGCAAUGUGGCUGUUGGAAAUGACGUUGGCAUUACCUCCUCUGUCCCAGGAACCAGUGAUACCAACCCCACUGUGUCAGAAGAUGCCUUAUUCAGGGACAAGUUGAAACACAUGGGAAAAUCCACGCGCAGGAAGCUGUUUGAACUCGCCCGAGCCUUCUCUGAGAAGACCAAAAUGAGGAAGUCAAAGAAGAAACAUUUGCCGAAGCUUCAGUCGCUGGGGGCCGCUGCAUCCACAGCCAACCUCCUGGAUGACAUAGAGGGCCAUGCUUAUGAGGAAGACUUCCGCGGAAGGCAGCAGGAGGUGCCUAAGGUGGAAGAGGUCCUAAGAGAAGCACAGUAAGAGGUGCCAGCAGCUUCACCUUGCCAGAGAAGCUCUGACUGGGUUGAGGCAACCAGAGAGCAGCACCAGGGCCCUCCAGUUGCAGCCCAGACAGAUGGUGCUUGCACGCCAAGGCUCAGGCUUCUUCCGCCACAGUCCAGCCCAGCCACUGCCGCGUUCCACGGGACUUAGAAUUUUCAGAGCUGCUUGUGAUUGGAGGAGGGGCCUGGAGCCUUCGAGACAGCAGCCAGCCAGCCACAAUUCCUAUUUGUAGUCUGGCUCCUCUAUAGGGGAUGAGCAGAAAUGCAGGAACUACGUCUCCUCCGCCGCCCCCCCCCCCGCCCCCAAAUAAAGAAAGAAAAGAAAAGAAAGAAGAAAGAGAAGAAAAAGAAGAAAGAUUCCAAGGUUGCAGUUUAGGAACUGGCAAAAUGACCAAUGUGGAGGUUCGUUGGGCCUGGAGAGAGUUCUGUCUGCUUCUUUCCGCUCUCUCCUGACCUGCCACAGUAGGUCUGAUCUACACCCUCCUCCAACCCCCUGUGAUCUUUUCCCCCCAAAGGUCUCCUGCACCUCAGCCUUGCCGGGGACUGCUGACUCUUGGCUCCAACCCUGCACGGAACUCUGGACACUUUGGUCCUGUCGGGUCCAGCUUAUAGGGCUGCUUUUAUUAAGGGCUGGCUGUCACCUCCAGCAGCCUCCACUUGACCCAGCAGGGAUGGGGAGGGUGACCCCGGAGCUGGAGGAUUCUGUAUAAGCAGAGUCUUUAGUUUUGGCUGAACACAGAAGCUGGUUCUAAAUUUACAUCACAGUGGAGUACCUCAGGGGCUGGACCUAUCCUGCCGUUUUGUAAGAUGGGGAGGUGCUGGAGGUUCACAGUGGGGUGACCCCAAAUUAGAAGGUGCCGGCUGAAGUGUAAGUUGCAGAGGCUGCUAGUCUAGGCCAGGGGAAUCGGGCGGCAAGCACCUAGAACAAGAACUUGCCGGGUGCCUCGAGUGGAGAAACCAGAGGUGAUUUAAGGAACCGCCACCAACCACUGCCACUGGACAGAGGCCGCAUCUGCGUCCCGCUGGUCCCAUGACCUGGCAACGCACUGACCUUAGAGAGAUCUGGGAAGCCUGGACAGGAGCGGGGGUCCUGGUUGACCAUGGGAUCCGAUGCUUGGGUGGUGGGGGCUGCUAAGGACUGGCAGAAAAUGGGAGCCUGGUGGGAAUGGGACCGCAAUCGCCUCAACUCCUGCGGGUCAGUCGAGCUUCCCCGGGCUCGGAUGAGCAGUGCAAAUAGACACUGGCCACGUCUGGAGGCGUGCGCAGCCAGUCCGGGUCCGGGUAGGGGUAGGGGUGGGGACCAUGUUGGCUCCGAGCCAGGCCGGUGACCCCUGGAGAGAAAGCUUCCCACCUCCAGGAGUCCCGGGAGGCUAAACUGAGCUCCAGACGUGUCUGGGCCCUCCCUGCUCCAAGGCGGGGCGCACUUGGGGAAGCCCUAAGUUUGUGUGUGUCACUUUGUUAUUUUUUCCCUCCAGUGUGUGUUUUUUUUUUUUUUCCCCUUGGAGCUGUUUCAUAGGAAUUCCGGUAAUAAAGACUUGGUGUUCUCUUGGU